GAAUUUCCCAGACAGUACAAAAAGGCUAAAAGACAUCUUAAAGAUGUCUAAAGGACGAUAAGAUGUCUUUUAGGAACAUAUGUUGUCUCUGGAUUGUUCUAAAUAUUUUUUCCGAUAUUUUGUUCUAUAUAAUAUUAAAUAUCGUAAUUGUUGAUUUUUAUAUCAAAAUCGAGUCGAUUGACAAAAUCGAUAAAUUGAUAAAAUGAUCUAUCAAUUUAUUGUAACUUUGUUGCUACUAGUUGAACAUCCUAUAUAUGAAUAUAAGAGACAUUGCCCUUCCCGUGUUUAUUUUUACUUCACUUUUUUAGCCAAGUUUUCUAUAUUGGAAAAUACUUAAAUAUUUUAUUUCCGAUUUGUGUACAUGUAUUUCAUUGAUGUAUUUCACAUCAAAAUGCAGUUUUUAAGAAAAGAACUAAUUAUGUUAUUUAAUGUAAUAUAUAGUAUUAUAUUAUAUAAAGCUUGAUUUGCUAUUUGUAUCUUUAUCGCUAUUAAAAUACUAAAAAAUGUUGAUUUAUUCGCCAAAGUUGAAAUUAAAAUGCUUUCGAUAUUAGUGAGAAUUUCGUAAUAAAAGGAAUCUAAUUAAAAACUUUUAUUAUAUUUAUAAUAAUAUUAUAAUUGUGAAUAAUAUUAUUUAUAGGUCAAACUAACCAGAAAUACUUAACACUGCAUUUUAAUUGUCGUAACUCUUAAAGUGCUUAUUUCGUCGUAAUAUUUUUCUGUGUAUCUUUAACAUUCGUAAAUAUAAAUGAGACUACAUAUUAUCAAUGGGACGUAAUUUAAUAUUGCUCUCUGUGUUUCUAAUUUUUUUCAGAUGGUGGUGGGUUACUCCGAUUUUCCGGUAAUUCAGGAAUAGAAGUCGGCAUAUGCAGUAGCUAAAAAACAUAUUAACAUACAAACGCACAUAUUAAUGCACAAACUCACGCUCGUUUUUCCUUUCGAUAUCGAAAUAGCGAUUAACGCGCCAAUAUUCAUACUUUCUUUACUCGUCAACAUCUAGUCAGAAAGAUAGAAAGAAGAAAGAAGAUACAAUUCGGCGAAAAAAGAAGCCUUCGAUUGAGAUAAGGGUCGACACAUACGAGUAACCGAAACCAAACCAAAGCGUAUAAAUAUAGAACGAAGAUAACCGAGCUGAUUCACACAGAGGAAUCUCGACGGUCAUCCUUUUCACGAGGCGUUGCGCGGUGAUAUCAUACCAAAGAAAAAUCGAUCCUAUACUAAGUUCCUGUCUACUCCAACUAUAUCAGCUGUAAUGGAGUAACGAGAUACAAAAGCGAACAAUCGAUCAUUCGAGAUCAAAUCUGAAAAAAUCGAUCGUGGAGCCUUUUUAUCAAUAUUGAAUUAAUUAGAUAAGAUAAUUAAGAACCGACAGAUUUAAUCGCGCGAAGUAUCAUACAAGUGUCAUUAAAGUAAUAGAGAUUAUGCUUAAGUGCAGCAAAUAAAAAAAAAAAAAUUUAUUUAGAUUAGCUGAGAAAGCAUCUUGAAAAAGCGAUCGAUAUUAUUGCGAAAUGCGUUGGACGUUAUCGAUCUGAUGUGGAACGACGACUCGAAAAUUGCGACGGGUUGAUCGAGUUCCCCGGUAACAUCGAUGCGGUGUUGGUCGGUCGAGUCAGCGUUUCCAAUUCAGCGACCGCAGGAAAUGACAUGUGCGAAAGGACUGUCUUUCACUAAAAGGACGGUCCAUCGUAGUCUCUGCAAGAGUUGAUGGGACGGACAAGCAGAGGACGAACGCAAAACGCACAUUGCUGAUUUCUAUGGUCCGUUCAAGCGUCGCUCUAGAGAUUGAAAACCACGUCAAAGAUAAAAUCCCGAAAGGCUCGAGGAAAAAUUAACAAUCGAUUGACGAAGCGAGAAUUGAAGUUGUCAAUAAUUUAUACACAGAAAGAACAACAGCUUCUAAAUAAACGCAGUCUCUAGAGAGACUCGAACGCUUAUACUUUAAAAUCAAUGAGAACCAAAGACGAGAUAAGCCGCGCUGUACAUUUCGAAUGCGUGAUCUUAUUCGGGAAUCUCCAAGACAAAUUAGCUUCGAAGUAAAGUAGACGACGAUAAAUGUUGCGAUGAGUAGGCGAAUGACAGGGUGAAAAAGGUGAGAGGUCACAGACAUAAGAAAGGAAGGGUUGCGGUGAUAGCCGUGCGAAGGGAGGCCGAGGACUCGUCUGGAAGAACGCGGAAAGAGCGACGGAGUGGCGGAAGCGAGGGCUUUCAGUGAGCAAGAGAGAGAGAGAGAGAGAGUGAGGAGGGGGAAGAGGAGCGCCCCAUCAAGAGGGGUGCACAUCGGGCUGAUAUCGACCGAGGAUUGCGCUUGCGUGGAAAAAGGCGCGAGCGCAAUCGCUCCAAGAGAGCAGCGGCGUCCUCCGCGUCGAAAGAGGAAGAGGAACCUCUCGUUUCCCGUCGUCAGUCGAUCGUCGCGCCGACGAGGAACGGGCUGUCGCAGCCGCCGUCCGGGAAAGACUUCCGGCAUCCUCCUGGCAGAGGCCGGCAGGGCCCCGGUGUACGACACGGUGAUUCCAACGCCCGCACUGGCCCGCACUUCCGGGAGCCCGAGCUGCCCUGCCCGGGCGCGAUCUCGCGGUGAGCUCGAUUCCGCUCGGCACCGCGUCAGAAAUCGUCACCAUCACCGGGGGGGACGGGGAAAAACCGGCGCGAGCGGUCGGGAAGGGGAGCAGGCGAGGUAUAUCGGGACGAUAAGAACGCGAUAAGCGGACCCGCGCUUUAUAAACGCCUGUGUGCGCGUGUACGUGCGUAUCUUUUCCUCUCCUCUUCGCCUCUCUUGCUUUCUCGGCCUGACCUCGUCGUCGUUCGCGCCGAUAAAAGACGAAUCCAGAGGUUUCUUUGAGAACAACAGCGCCGCAGCCAGUUCGGAUAUGACGAUACCACGGCGCGGUUAUUAGGGCAUUAAAUAACAAACAAAGUUUAAUAUCCGGAUUCAAUAGAAUUUGUCAAAUGUUUUGCUUCGUCGCUGAUAACGCGGUCGCGUCGCGUUUGUCAGAUUUAAUCGCACGACAUGAAGCGACAUCGAUGCCUGGCGGUUUCAUCCGGUUUCAUUCGGAAUUGACUUAUCGUAUGCAUAAUAAAUUCACAAGCCGAGCAAUCGCGAUUCGGUAUAAGAGAACUGUCGGGAUUUAUUUAUAGAGAGUUUGAUCUUGACCUACGUAUCGUACGAUAUCGGAUUUCGUACUUAUCGGCGUAGUUCUUCGGGGUAGUAACGCGUGUUUACGAGUGUGAGCGGGGAAAAAACCGAUGAUCGAUGCGAGUUAUCUAAAGCCGAGCAAUUGAUACGUCAUACAGUAUGCUGAGAUAAUCAAAGUCAAGCGUCGAAGUCUCUCAAGGCGUUAUAUCGUGAUCGCGCUAUCUGUGGCAAGGCGCAAUGAUCAGCAUGCAGCAGCAGACAGUCUUGAACCAGGUAGCCGGGUCUGAGCAGCCGCAGGAGGAAGUUCAACUGACCGAAUUGUUGCCGGUGAAGCAGUCGCGCAUCAGGGAGAAUAUCUUCAAGGACGGUGAUGCGACCGAUGCUCUGAGAGCACUUAGGAGUUUUUCAGGCGAUUGCGGCGACGGUGAAAGCUUCGAUUAUAACUUCUGCAAAAGCGUCGAGCAAUUGGAACGUCAAAGUAAUGGUAAGCAUCGACGAGCGGAAACUCGUCGAAGGAGGACGGACGAGCUUAGGAACAAUGCUGAAGAUGUAGAUUCCGAUGAAGAGAAGAAUGAUGAUGAGGCGAUAGGGAAGAACGCGAAGAAAACGCGAAAUAGCAAGAAUAUUCGCGUGAAAGCGCCGAAGAGAAAAUUAGCGAGAUCUAGCAAAAGGAAAGACAAUGACAGGGAUAGCGAUUAUGGAACGAACGAGAAAUCGAUCAGAAAGAAUUCUACCAGAUGCGAUGAAGAGUUUGCGCCCGAUUACGACGAAGAAGACGUCGACGAUCAGCUUUAUUUGGAUUUGGAUAAAAGAGAUUGUUUUAAGGAUGAAGUAUACGUAUACAGACGGGAACCGCUGGAUCCAUGCUCGAGCUCGGAACCAGAGGAAACAGGAUCAAUCCGAGAUCGCGAGAUUCAGCAGACUUGUUCAAUGGAACUACUCGGGAAGAGAAGUUUCGCUAAGAACAUCAAGAAUGACGAAAAAGAAAAAUGUGAAACGUCCAACGUCGACGAAGUCGUCGAGAAAGAAAAUUCCGAGAAAGAACUCAGACUAAAAAUCGAUGCUAUCAUUCAAGCGAAUUAUUUGCUGGAGCGAGAGAACAACAACGUCGUCGGUUCCGAGAAACUCAAAAUCGCGGAAAAUAUUAGCAGCUCUUCCACUGCCGCUUCGAUAAACGCAGAAAGUAGCGAUAGCUCUCUGUGCAAUUCUGUCGAGACGAAGAAGGCGACGAAGAGAAAGAAGAAGAAAAGGAAAACUGAGCAGAAUACGCAGGCGAAGGACCAACAAAAUCCUCAGAAGAAGUAUUGCUGCGUCAUGUGUGACGCUCGCUUUAAGGGUAGCGGUGGUCUGCGGAAUCACUACAAGGUGGUGCAUGGCGCCGGACCGGUGUUCAAAUGCGAUGAGUGCGGUAAGGAAUUUCCGCUGAAGGAACGGCUGAAAUUGCACGUGCGCACGCACACCGGCUUCAAGCCGUAUAAAUGUCCAGAGUGCGAUAAGAGCUUUGCGCGAGGCGGUCAACUGGUACAACAUCGUCGCACGCAUAGCCAGGUCAGACCAUUCCGCUGUGGCCUGUGUUCCAACAGCUUUACCUGCGCGGCCAAUCUGUCGCUCCAUGUGAAACGUCACAACGGCCAGAAGGAUCACAAAUGCGAUCUAUGUGGUCGCGCCUUCGUGCGUCGUGACGCCCUGAAGAAGCACCUGGAGUGUCUACACCGUGACGUCAAGUCGUUCCUCUGCGCAAUCUGCAACAAGACUUUCAAGGGUCACCUACCGCAGCACAUGAGGACACAUGCACGCGACCGUCCGCACGGCUGCGCCACAUGCGGCCAGCGAUUCGCUCAAAAGUCUCAGCUGACCGUGCACCAGAGGACCCAUUCUGGCCAGCGACCUUUCCGCUGUCUUGUAUGUUGGCAGGCCUUCGCUCACUCGACUGCCCUAAAAUUGCACACCCGCCGCCACACCGGCGAACGACCCUUCAAAUGUUCCGAGUGCAACGCCGGCUUCACUCAGCUGCCGCAUUGGAAGAAGCACAUGAAGUGCAUACACGGCAGGAAUGAUCCGUACGGUUGCAAACGUUGCAAGAGUUUCUUUAGGAUCAAGAGCGACCUGGAGAGUCAUGAGAAAACCUGCCAUCCGGAGAUGGAAGUGGAGGACGACGGUAGCAGUAUCGCCAGCAAACCGACUGGCGGCCCCGAAAUUGUCGAGAAGAACUCAGUUACUGCGAAGUAUAAGCUGAUGACAGUGGAAAAAAUGCGGCUGCUAUUAGCGGUGCUGCUGAAGAGGAUCAGCAAGCAGGAGCGAUUGGACGAGCUCGGCUUCGGUAAACGGCUCAUCGAUGAUGUUCUUCAGGACUCGCUAGUGUCUGCUGGUAAGGAACCGAUCACGGGGGGCGGUUUGUCCGAACUCGAGGUUCUCACCCGAAACCUGGAGAUCUUCCUGGAAUGGACGGUGCCGAAGGAACACUGGGAGAAUUUCCGUAAGAUGAAAAAGUCGCCAGAGGAUAUUCUGGAAGCGCUCACGGCUACGUAAAUAUAUUCGUUUGCUAACAAUAACUUUAUUAUCUUCCUGUCGGUGUGAGAUUUAUGAGAUAGCAAAAUUAGAUCGGCAGUAAAAUCAUCUCGCACGCGUUUAUAUAGACGAUGGAAUGUUUCAACAAAUGUUUUUUUUUUUUUGUGUAUUUUAUCGAUUCCAGUUA